AUGUUCACCUCCACAACCCUAGGCCCAACGAGGCCCCAGAGCGGUCCGUACAACAUCCAGCUGUCGGCCGAUGGGACACCCGGGAACACGCAUGUAGAUGGCUUGACGCAGCAGAGCGCAGACCGCGUCUCUGAGUUGCUGAUGAUCAACUAUGCCCGCUAUCAUACCCUCUUUGAUGCGGUGGGCUUCCAUAAUCACACCGUCCACCACCUGCUCACCCUGUUUGCCCUGGGAGCCACCCCAGAGGAGAUCCGGGCCAUGUAUGACCUCAACAUUGGGUAUCAGUCACUCGUUCAGUACCGUCCAGCCUCAGUCGUCGUGCAGCUGAAAGACCGCACCUUCUUUAAGCAGUGUAUUGGCGACCUCAGCUACUACGACAGCUUUCUGCGCUACUUCCAGGACGAGAUUGCGCAGAGAGGCGUGCCUGAUGUCAUCAACGAGUAUUUGUUCGCGAAUGAUGAGAUUUCCAAUGAUGUCCUGGGCCGCAUGCACUCUGGUUUUCUUCACCCGAUGAUCCAUCUCGGAUGCGCGCUGGAGUUCAAUCAGCCCCUGCUCAUAGCAGAAGCACUCGCAGCCGGUUGCGUGCACGAUGACUGGCCCAAUUCGUUUUUGUUCCCAACCGAGGAGAUGCAGACUGCCCAUUCGAAGGCGCCGUUCAAGUCGAUGCUAGACAUCAUGGAUGAACUACAUAGUGACCCAGUCAUCCGCAACGCAGUGCAGCUGACAGAUCCGAUAAAUAAAAUCAGUGACGGGCUGCUGGCCAAGGUCCGUGACAAGCUCAUUCCGUAUCUCGCUCAGUACUGCGUCAGUCCCACGGAAGAGGAGCUGGCACAGCAGACAACAGAUAUGGUGCACACCUGCGCAUACAUGGUGGGUGCAGCCCAGAGCCCUGGCAAAGUCGAAGCAUUGGACUUUGUCAUGUUGCAUACGCUCACCCUCUCCAUCUUCUACACGACUUUCCUGGCGCAAGACUGGAUCUCACCGUCGAAUAAAGCUCGGCUCCUGCAUUUUAAAGUUUGGGGCGAUCUUGUGACGUAUGCAGGCUGUGGAUGUCCUACCCUCUACGCAGACCGCAUUACCGGGUAUACGCCCAAGCGACCAGCUGAUGGAUGGAUGGAGCUAGCGCAUCGCGCGUCGAUCUACGGCGACGACGGCCAUAUUUCGAAGGUGACACGGGCUCUCCUCCAUGCCCAAGGCCUCCCUGACCCGCGUCCGGAAUUUCCACUGCGGAAGGAGGAUUUUAUCAAAGUUGCGCAUAUGGGUCUUGAUUCUGUAGAAAGGAUGCUUGGACCGGAGCAGUAUAAGGUUCCGGAGAGCAUUCGGAAGAAGGUAGGGGAAGAGAUGCGCCAGGACGAAGAGAUCAUUCGCGUCAUGGUAAGAUGGGUGCGUUGGUGCGGCGUCGAGGGGGCCUGGGAUGAGUUUCCUGAUAAGCCUGGGAUGGGCAAUGUUGCAGCAAGAUUGGUAAAUAUGGAUUAGAGUUAACUGAUACUUUUUUCUUACGGAGAUUGAAGUGCAUAUCAAAGUAUCAGAUGCAUUACCCUGAUC